UGUACGGAAGUAGCACACGUCCAUUGUGAGGGUAACAGGUGAUCACAGAUAAAACAUCUCUGCGAUCAUGUCUGCAUUGGUGUAGCCUUAUUUUUUUACUACUACAUUGCUACCGAUAACUGUGACACACCACUGCAGCCACUACAUUUGUUUACACAUUCAUUUAAGCCCACAACUUUGAAGACACGAUGGAGAGGGACUCCACCGGUGCUGCGGAAAACACGCAGCCUGCUUCGCCUUUGAGGACAAACCUUAAUGAAGACAGGUGCGCAGCUGAUUCCCACACCUGCCGUGAUGGGACCUGUGCUGCUGCCACUGAUGUCGCCAGAGCCAGGUGGAUUCUGUUAAGACAGGUGUUGCGUCAAAAGUCAGUGGACAGUCCGCAGGUCAAACAGGCAUCUGUUCGCAGAUUUGCAACGUUUGACCUUUUCAGCAGGAAAAGGCUUUUCAAACAAGACCCCAGUGAUACCUCAGAUGGCCAGUGGGUGGAGUACAGAAGUGUCUACUUUCCAGAGUACAGUGCCUUACUCAGGGAUAACAUGGGUCCACUGAAAGUGAAUGAAGUGCUCAACAGUUUCGACAACACUGGUAACGUCUGUGUGUGGCCGUCUGAAGAGGUGAUGGCUCAUUACUGUCUGCAGAAACGUCACAUGUUCAGGGGUGCAGUGUGUGAGUUAGGAGGAGGUAUGACUUGCCUUGCGGGACUAAUGGUUGCCAUUUGUGCUGACGUGAAGGAAGUUCUACUAUCAGAUGGGAAUGAGAAGUCCAUUCAGAAUGUACGAGGGCUCAUGGAGAAAAAUGGUCAAGCUGGAAAGUUUGGGUCAAGAAAUGUAUCUGCCAGGGUGGUGAGGUGGGACAUAGAGUCAGACAUUUCAGCACUAGAGGGUCACUUUGACAUCAUCAUGUGUGCAGACUGUUUGUUUCUCGACCAGUACAGAGCCAGCCUGGUUGAUGCGAUGAGGAGAUUACUGCAACCCAAGGGCAUGGCAUUGGUAUUCGCUCCACGUCGAGGUGAAACUCUGAAGCUGUUUUGUGAACUGGCUCAGCGAGCCGGACUCUACGUCUCUCAACACCAGCAGUAUGAUGCUCAGGUCUGGGAAGUUCACCAAACGAUGCAGAGAGAGGGAAAAGAAGCUUACGAUGAGGACAUCCACUAUCCUCUCCUCAUCACCCUGACCAAAGGACCGCAACCUGUCAGCCACUCUCAGUAAAACAAAAGAAGUGAGCCCUCAACUUGACACACUACCAUGCUACAUGCCUUUGUACGUUUGAAAAGGAAUGAUGCAACACAAGUCAUUUCAACAAUCUAAUCAAAUUGCACUAAAAGAGCAGUAUUCGAAGAGGGUCGCGUUUACGUUGGUGAGGUGGCAGAACUCAAGUUGUGCUCAUGUUUGAGGCAUUUUUAUAUUUACAUUGACCACAGUGUGUUUGUUUUGUAGUUUGAAGUGCUGUGGGGAACAACCUCAUUUCCAAAAGCAGUGGGGAUACAUUUACUGCAAAAAAAGAGAGGUGUAAACUACCACGUUUGUUUUGAUCGUCUGCCAUAUGAUACUGAAACUCUUCAUGACAUUUACAUAGAGAAUAACAUGACCUUAAAUACAGAUCACAUUUGAAUUCAAUUUUCAUUUUACAGGGCUAUGUUGGUGUUGUAAUCUUUGUUUGAGCUGUAAAUCCAACACUUAUUCUGACUCUAAUUUCACCCGCAUCACCACCAGCUCCACUAAUGUACAGAUUAUUAUUAAAACGUUUACUACUAAAGGCUGCAAGUCUAACUCCGCCUUCAGGUUGUGUAGUGUGUGACAGAGAAUACACCCACAUCAGUUGUGGAGACUGCGACAACUUAGUUUUAUUGAAACUUGACCCCAGUACUGUGGAAUAGACUAAACAAAUAACUGUAUCACUGCACACAGCAAUGUUUCCUU